UGCUCUGCUCUACCCAGACUACUUCCUGUUUUAGAAAAAAAAAAAAAAAAAAAAUCAAGGAAGCAGCCUCAAGUGGAAAGUCGCCUAUACUGAUGGAUGCAUUUUGGUGAUCUCUCGGAGCUGAGGACCCAUGCUCUCUCAUCUUUGCGCUGCCAUACCAGUCCUGUACAUAUUGUGGAUCACUAUGGCCCAGGUGACCGGCCAGGAGGACAGAGAGAAAACGACUGCACUCAAAGAUUUGCUGUCGAGAAUAGACUUAGAUGAACUAAUGAAGAAAGAUGAACCUCCGUUUACUUUCCCCAAAACACUGGAGGAAUUUGAAUAUGCCUUCAACGAAUAUGGUCAACUCAGACAUACAAAUACGGGAGAACCUUUUGUGUUCAAUGCCAGAGAGGAUCUCCACCGCUGGAACCAGAAACGUUACGAAGCUCUUGGAGAGAUCAUCACUCAGUAUGUUUAUGAGCUGUUGGAGAAAAAGUGCAACAUGACUAAAGCAAUCCUGCCAGUAGAUGCAACAGGAGACGAGCCCACGAGUUUUAUUUAUCUAACCCCAGACGCCCUUUCGAAUCCGUCCAAGCUGCUGGUGCUGAUCCAAGGCAGCGGUGUUGUGCGGGCCGGCCAGUGGGCCCGCAGACUCAUCAUCAACCAAGACCUGGACUCAGGAACACAGAUCCCCUUCAUCACCAGAGCUAUGGAGGAGAACUAUGGCGUGAUGGUCCUCAACCCAAACGAGAACUACCUGGAGGUGGAGAAGCCAGCCAAGUCCUCUCCCCUGAGCUCGCCUGUCGAACUAUCAGACGAACCCGCCGAAAAGAGGGAACGCAAAGAUGACAAAGAGAGCAAGAAGAAAAGAGAAUUCUAUGAGAAGUACCGCAACCCGCAGAAGGAGACGGAAACUGAACGGAUCCCAAUACGGGAAAAUGGUUCCUCCGAGGAACACGUGUUGUACGUGUGGGAUCACUUUGUGUCCAAAGCUGCAGCCAAGAAUGUCUUCAUCAUGGCCCACAGCUACGGAGGGCUUUCUUUCGUUGAGCUGAUGAUUCAGAGGGAAAUGCAGGUGAAAAAUAGAGUGUGUGCUGUGGCUCUGACUGAUUCUGCUCACAACAUCUGGCUACAGGAGACGAGCAAAGGCACACAAGACUGGAUGCAGCAGCAUUGUUGUAACUGGGUUUCCAGUCCAGAGCCUUUGGACACACCGCUGGAUCCCAUGUUACCAGACUGCCCCCGCGUCUCUGCAGGAACAGAAAGGCAUGAGCUGACCUCCUGGAUGAGUUUCAACUCCAUCUUCAGGUUCUUCAGUGAGGUCCUGGAGGCAAAAGAGGAUGAAGAGGCAGAAGAGACCGCCAAUACCGUCACCACGCGCAGCAGCUCCCUCAAAAACAAACAUCAAGAUUUGUAGAGGUCCUGCAACAAUAACUAGGAGCAACAGGGCAGGGAGGAGGGGGGUGGCAAAGGAUUAGUAGUGACAACCACAGAAAGCAAAGAUACGUUUUUAGACCUGCUUUUUUUCUCUUUUUUUUUUUUUUUUUUUUUUUUUUUGCCCCUGUCCCUCUGUCACUUCCCUCUGUCUUUCCUUCCUCUCUCUACUCCAUGAGUGUCAUUUCUCCCCUUCGGCCCUCUUUGGCUCUGCACACCCAUAUUCUUGUUGUUGAAAGAGGAAACAGUACAGGGUCGCCAUGUAUACAUCACAAUAACGUUUUGCAUUACUUCUAGAUGAGUGCAACUGUCAAAGCAAUAUGGGCCUGAGUGUUAGCGCUUCCCGUGGGCUGUGGCCCGGCUGCGGGUACGGGCCACAGCAGCAGAGAUUAAGGCUGACAGCCGCUGUGCACAGUGCGCUGGGGUGCACCUCUAAUUGUCCUGACAUCAGUCUGAACUGAGCUAAUGCCCUGCCUGCACUCCAGUCUGCACUGCUCAGCCUCCCCUUCCAUCCUCCUGGUCCUAAUGCCUGGACUACUACCCCGAAAUGUAUGGUGCAUGACGGUUUGAUAUGAAUCAACCUCACACACUGUUUUUUUGUUUUUUUUUCCCCCAGCUUAUAGAAACUACCAGUCAUUUUAGCGCAACUGUAACUUGUUGCAAUUUCUUAAAGGUGAUGUUUUACAAUUUAUUUCUUAUCUUGUUAAUUCCACAUAAUUAUCUUUUAAAACACAUUUUUUUGCAUUUACCUUUCAGUGAAAUCUGCUUCUGAACAUCUAGUUUUGCUUACAUUGUAAUAAGGCAGAUCUUUUUUUUUUUAUUUCUAAACUGAAAAUGUUAAUGUGCUUCUCACUCAUGCCCUCCAUCUGAUUUUUCAUAUGAAGCCAAUAUAUCUCUGACUUAUAUUUACCUUAAAAUAACUCUGUGUUAGAUUUACAAAACUGUGAAAGUCCAUCUCUCUCUCUGUUUAUUAUGUUUGUUUGUUUUUGUUUUUUUUUUUCAAUUUGCUCUCCUGGAUAUUGAUGUCUCUGGGUGAUUGAAUAUGAUGAAACAAAUAAAACAAACACAACCUGUGCUGAAUAUGGAAAAAUCAGACGCUGAGCAUAUUUAAAAUCACUUAAAGUCAAGCAUCAAAAUGGGUUUGAGGGAUAUCUCAUUUUAACAGGAGCCAGAAGUCAGCUCACAACACUCAUAAAGCCUCAAUAUAUCGCCUUACACAUGUCAGGAAAUCCAACAUUUCAAUAUUAUUCUAAGCCUGAAUGAUAUUUCCUUAGAUGUUGAAGAAAUGUAACAUAUCUAUUCUUUCCCCCCCUUUUUUUUUCUUUCACCAAAGUACUCACUUAGAAGUGACAAAGUCAGCUCCCUGCUCAGCUGCACAUAAUCUGACUAUGUGACACAAACAUGAUCUUUUUUUUUUUUUUCUCCAUAAGACGAGCUUGUUUUAUAAACCACUCAAGGCUUAAUGGAAUACAUUUCUUAUGUGUCAUGACAUUUGUAAAAACUCAAAGUGGAUACUAAAUCUUGUGAUACCUAAGAUGCAUUCUCCAAUAUAUAGAUUUUGUCCUCCAAAUAGUUAAACCAUUGUUUAACUUUUACACUGUGAAAUUCUGUCUCUCCUGCCCACUGUGUGUAUGGUUUAAGGCUUUUGUGGAUUAUCUUUCCACUGUAAUGAGACAACUGUGGCUGAUGGUUGCAGGCCUAAUUUCCUUUUAAUUUGAUUCAGAUCUCUCCAGGUUUCAGCAAAGAAGUUGGCUUAUUAUUUGAUUUGAUGAGUUUCGUUUCAAGAUACCAUUGCUCAUCUUUCUGCUUUUCAGCUACAAUCAGUUCAUUUUUCACUCCAUAAUUUGUAUAUUGUUGCCUUAGGAAUAAACCAAGACUGUGUUCACUGUUUUUAAUAAUAUCCAGCAAGCCAUAUGUGAAUGGAACUAAAGAUGUAAGAGCAGCCUAAAUCCAAAGCACAGUCUGCAAAUAAAAGGGGACUAAUUUUGCCAAUUGCUCUUGAAGACAUUAUUUUUUGCAGAUGGUUUAUAUGUUGUAUUGAUUUAAGAAACGUGUCGCUUUAGUUUUAUCACAAGCGUUUGGAUUUUAUGAAACUGCAAGUGUGUCCUGCCAGGUCACGGAAUGUUUUUCUUUCUUUCUUUCUUUCUUUCUUUCUUUCUUUUUUUUCUUUAUGCUCUGAAAUGUCUACUUAAUUCUCCUGUGUUCAGUUUUGGUUUAAAGGGCUGUCUCUGAAAUUAAUUGUGAAGUUUUUGUAACAGUGAUUCCUCUUUAUUUGACAUGGUGGUUAUUUUUGUAGGUUAAGCAACUUACAAAGACUGGAAAAAGCUCAAUAAAAACGACUAUUACGUGUUAUUAUU